GUCGCUUUAUAUACAUAUAGGCCUCAGUUAAUAACAAUCACUUGUGCAUUUAGCUAUGGGUUUCCUAAGCACAUUGUGUAAAACUAUCCUUUUUCUGUUUAUUUUGUUGGGAGCCUUAUUCUUGAUUCCCGGAUUACACCCCAGCACCACCUUAGGUCAACCUUGUGACUACAUCUUUGAUGAUUCGCUAUGUGGUUAUCCUGUGGGCUUGGCCCUUGACACACAAGGGAACAAUCUAAUUAUAGCCGAUUCGUACUAUGGAAUAUGGCAAGUUAAUUUGGAUACCAAGGAGAAGACCAUGUUGGUUUUUACGGAACAAAUCCUUCCUGGCAAAAGCGUAAACCGACGGGCUAAGCUGUUCAAUUCAUUGGCAGUUAGCAAGCAGGGUGACAUUUAUUGGACUGAUUCGUUAUCGGAUGACUUCCUUUUGGCUCCGUUCGCUAAUCCGUCGGGUCGACUUUUUAGAUAUAAUCGUGAAAUGAAUACAAACGAGGUACUCCUGGAUGAAAUGUCCUUUGCCAACGGCUUGGCAUUAAGUUCCAGUGAGGAUUAUAUAAUUGUAGCCGAAACGACGGCCAUGCGUCUGACCAAGUACUAUCUCAAAGGAUUUAGGGCUGGUCAGAGCGAAGUUUUUGUAGAGGGUCUACCUGGCUGGCCGGAUAAUCUCACUGCUGAUCAGGAGGGAAUUUGGGUACCUUUGUCUGUAGCGUCAGAUAGUGAGAAUCCCAAUUUGUUUGCUUCGCUGGCCCCCUACCCGAAGUUAAGAUAUUUCCUCGCUCGCUUGUUGGGUCUAAUGCAGUUUCCCUUCCGGUUAUUAAACUACGUGUAUCCUAACACUAUGUCGGCACGACUUUUCCACGAGUUUAAUGAGAUGAUGACUAAUACCAUCGCGCCUAAUCGCAGUACUGUGAUUCGUUUGGACUGGAAUGGAAAUAUUGUAAGAUCUCUGCAUGGUUUUGAUAGAUCAGCUUCGGGCAUAUCUCAUGUUGUGGAAAAAAAUGGAUACUUAUAUUUGGGAUCGCCAUUCAAUCAAUUCAUUGCUGAAGUUAAAUUACCAAACGAUAUGAUAAAGUCCGCAGAAACUAACUAG